AUGAAUGGCCAGUGGAAGGCAGAGGUGUAUGGAAACUUUGUCGUGAGCUGCGUGGGUGUCAUCCCGGAGCAAGAAACACAUCUGGUGCUCAAGCAUAGCUUGGAUGACUAUUUCACAGGCAACAACCUCGCGAACGGUCCACAAACAGUGACAGAAGUCGCUGUAGGUGUGCACCAUGCGCGGAGGCAUUUCCCCUUUUUCUGUGCCAUCGAGAUCCUGAGCAUGGCGCAGGGGCAUGUGCUCGAAGAACAAGUUAUGGAUGUUUUCUGGCCUGAAGCCAUUCACAAACCUCGAAGACUCAAAGUUGAAGAUGAGCAAUUGCAGAUGCUGCGCAGCAGCUAG